AUGGCUUCCGCAGUCGUGGCCGCCGCGCCUCACUCCGUACCUCCACUGCCGCUCUCUCGCAUACCUCGUGUCCGCCCCCCGCGAUUUCUUCCAGGACAGCCGCGAGAUGAUCAACUACCUCAGCCAGAGGGGUCUGUACCAUCAAGUCAUGUAUGGACGCAAGGAAAAUGGCGCAAUCGGGCCUCUAAUGCAGUCAGCGACCGCCGCAAAGUGGUGAGCCAGCAAGUCAAGAAGGCCAUCGAAAAGCGCUACCACGGUCUCAAUAUCUAUGCAUACUAUCACCUACUGACCAAGCAAGUCGUUUAUAGCCUGACUCGCCACAUGCAAUCCGGCCAGGUCAUGCCCCAGCUUGUCUACCACGGCAAGAAAACUGUCCCUGCCACCCUUCGACGUGACGUCUGGCGCCCCUACUUCUCGAUUCACUUCCCGGAAAAUGAUGGAGGACGACAAGCAGGACUCAAGGCCUACCAACGCCUGCGCGAAUUUUCUCUACGCCGUCAGCUCGAUCCCCAGCAAGAAUCUCUUAUGACCACACAAGAGGAUAUUGACAAAGCGAUUCGCAAGGCGGGCGACCCUUUCGAAGUACGUGAGAGGUACGUGGAUCACGAUGUCAAAGGCCGAAAAGUUCUGCGUGCGCCGUUGCUGGGGUUCAAACUUCCAAAGAGAAUCCGGGCGCGAAAACUUAUGAAUCAGAAAGCUUCGAGCGUUGCAGACACAUCUUUUGUCUUGGGUCUGGCUAUGGAGCAGUUAGAAAAGCUAUUCGCCACGAGGUACAACGCACAACACAGAUUGGCAUCCGUCACCAAAGGUCGGCUUCAAGGUCUCGGCGUGCGUGGUAGGAAAAGAUUGAGAGCAAUACGGGCCGAAGAAGAAGAGAAGGAGCUUCAAAUUGCGCAGCGGCAAGAUCUAGCCAGUGAAGCGAACAUAAGUAAAGGCAUGGUCCCUCUGGACAGGCACAUUGCGCGACGAUUAAGCACAGAGGUCAAUGGGGCUGUUGUCGAAGACGAAUCCGUCAAUCGACUCGUCGACGCCGCUCCCGCCGAAAAAGGCUACGAUAAUGUUGAUUGUGAGAUUCAAGUUCUGUGGGCGGACAUGCGCGAUGGAACCUAUGCUGAAACCUGGCCGGAAGGAGUCUUCCAUGGCGAGUUGCAGCCUGCUGCGACAAGCAAAAGCGCGGAGAUGCAUGUAGUACAAAUGGGUUACAAAGAUGCGGACGGCGAGAUGGUAAGCACACAGCGGCAGAGGGUGAAUGUCGUAUCCGGCUCGACGGUUCACGUCCACGGGCUCGAGAAACCAAGAAACUUCAAGACAUUCCAGGAGAUUUUGGCGCUUCAGUCAGAGCAACGGCGUGAGAACCGCACCGAAGAGCUCAAGCAUCAAGCAGUCGAGCGGAGGAGAAAGACCCUCGUCAAGCUAUACAGCGAUAUCUCGAGAGCCGAAGCACGCAUUGCCACAAUUCAAGAUCUACACGAAAAAGACGUCCUUGGGAUCAGCUUGGAUCAAUCAGAUCAGAACCUUCUCGCCGAACGCGAGAAGAAUCAAGCUCUGUUGGACACUUUAACUGCAGAGCGCGAGAGGCAGGAGAUGCAAUACCCUGAAGAAUCUAUCAUCGCGGAGAAAACAGCCAAACUGCGCCAAAUGGUAAAGGAUGUCCGGUCACUCGACAAGAAAGCAGUUGCUACUCGUAACGAAAGCAACCGAGCGGACACUCUUACAGGAAGUCUCAACCAGGAUCAGAUCUCAGGUCGGGGAUCGCAAGAACCUGUCGCUUCGGCACAGCAGCCCACGCAGGAUUUGGACCACGAGCUUCGGCAUCUCGAGCAGGCGAAUCCCACGGACUACGCUGCAGCGCGCGACUUCGUGUCAAAUCCACCAUCAGAGGAGCGGGAGCGGGAAGUGGUUAUGGCCCUCGUUGAGAAGCAGCUUGCGCUCUUGAGCAAACAAGCAGUCAAUACGGAGGCGGUGCUACCCAAUGAGCAUCAGGGGUUGUGGGGCAGGGUCAAGGGGUGGAUAGGGCGCUGA